ACUUUAGGGGCGUGUCUCGUGUUGCUCAGCUGCUGUCUGCAGAGUCUCUCUCAGCUGGAUCUCCUCUCUCUUUUCUCUCUCUCUCUCUCUCGGUGUUUCUUUUCUCCUCUCCGAUAUGGCGAAGCCACUGAGCGACCAAGAGAAGCGCAAACAGAUCAGCGUGCGCGGUAUCGCGGGUCUCGGAGACGUGGCGGAGAUCAAGAAGACCUUCAACCGACACCUGCACUUCACGCUGGUGAAGGACCGGAACGUGGCCACGCCCCGGGAUUACUACUUCGCCCUGGCGCACACGGUGCGGGAUCACCUGGUGGGCCGCUGGAUCCGCACACAGCAGCACUACUACGAGAAAGACCCCAAGAGGAUCCACUACCUGUCUCUGGAGUUCUACAUGGGCAGAACCCUGCAGAACACUAUGAUUAACCUCGGCCUGCAGAACGCCUGUGAUGAAGCCAUUUACCAGCUUGGGCUGGAUCUGGAAGAGCUGCAGGAGAUCGAGGAAGACGCUGGACUGGGGAAUGGUGGACUGGGCCGGCUUGCAGCCUGUUUUCUGGACUCGAUGGCAACUCUGGGUUUGGCGGCGUACGGUUACGGCAUUCGCUACGAGUUUGGAAUCUUCAACCAGAAAAUCUCGAACGGUUGGCAGGUGGAGGAAGCUGACGAUUGGCUGCGCUAUGGUAACCCCUGGGAGAAGGCCCGCCCUGAGUACAUGCUCCCGGUGCAUUUCUAUGGCCAGGUGGAGCACACGAAGGACGGGCCUAAGUGGGUGGACACUCAGGUGAUCCUGGCGAUGCCGUACGACACUCCUGUCCCCGGCUACAAGAACAACACCGUUAACACCAUGAGACUUUGGUCUGCCAAAGCACCCAAUGACUUCAACCUUCAAGAAUUUAACGUCGGAGACUACAUCCAGGCUGUGUUGGACAGGAACCUGGCGGAGAACAUCUCCCGAGUGCUUUAUCCCAACGACAAUUUUUUCGAGGGUAAGGAGCUGCGUCUUAAGCAGGAGUAUUUUGUGGUGGCAGCCACUCUCCAGGACAUCAUCCGACGCUUUAAAUCCUCCAAGUUCGGCAGCAGAGCCUACGUGCGCACUUCGCUGGAGAACUUUCCGGAAAAGGUCGCGAUCCAGCUGAAUGACACGCACCCUGCUCUGGCCAUACCUGAGCUCAUGAGGAUCCUGAUAGACGUGGAGAAACUACCCUGGGACAAGGCAUGGGAGAUCACCACCAAGACGUGUGCGUACACGAACCAUACGGUUCUCCCAGAAGCUCUGGAGCGUUGGCCUAUCUACAUGUUUGAGAAACUCCUGCCCAGACACCUGCAGAUCAUCUAUGAGAUCAACCAGCGUCACCUGGAUAGAAUAUCAGCGCUGUAUCCAGGGGAUACGGAGCGUCUCCGCAGGAUGUCUCUAAUCGAGGAGGGCGAUCCCAAGAGGAUAAACAUGGCUCACUUGUGUGUGGUGGGAUCGCACGCCGUCAACGGAGUCGCUCGCAUCCACUCGGAUAUCGUCAAAACCACAGUUUUUAAGGACUUCUACGACCUUGAGCCGAAGAAGUUUCAGAACAAGACGAACGGGAUCACCCCUCGCCGCUGGCUCCUGCUUUGUAACCCCGGCCUGGCUGACAUCAUCGCUGAGAAAAUCGGUGAGGAUUUCCUGAAGGACCUGUACGAGCUGAGGAAGCUGCUGGACUACAUUGAUAACGACGUGUUCAUCAGAGACGUGGCAAACGUCAAACAGGAGAACAAGCUGAAGUUAGCCGCGUAUCUGGAGAUGACGUACAAAGUUCAGAUCAAUCCAGAGUCCAUCUUUGACAUUCAGGUGAAGAGGAUCCACGAGUACAAGCGACAACUGCUGAACUGCCUGCACAUCAUCACCUACUAUAACCGGAUCAGAAAGGAGCCGAGUAAGAAGUUUGUGCCCAGAACGGUCAUGAUCGGGGGCAAGGCAGCGCCUGGGUACCAGAUGGCUAAAAUGAUCAUUAAGCUGAUCACCUCGGUGGCGGACGUGGUCAAUAAAGACCCGGUGGUGGGCGACCGGCUGAAGGUGAUCUUCCUGGAGAACUACAAAGUCUCACUGGCUGAAAAAGUGAUCCCAGCAGCAGACCUGUCCGAGCAGAUCUCCACUGCCGGCACAGAAGCUUCCGGAACAGGUAACAUGAAGUUCAUGCUGAACGGCGCCCUCACCAUCGGCACCAUGGACGGUGCAAACGUGGAGAUGGCUGAGGAGGCGGGAGAGGAGAACCUCUUCAUCUUCGGAAUGAGGGUGGAGGACGUGGAGGCCCUGGACCGCAAAGGCUACAACGCUCGUGAGUACUAUGACCGCUUGCCGGAGCUCAGACAGGUGAUUGAUCAGAUCUACACAGGACACUUCAGCCCCAAUGAGCCAGAGAUGUUCAAGGAUGUCGUCAACAUGUUGAUGGAUCAUGACCGUUUCAAGGUAUUUGCAGAUUAUGAGGCAUAUAUCAGCUGUCAGGAGAAGGUCAACAACCUCUACAGGAACCCUAAAGAAUGGACCAAGAAGGUGAUCAGAAACAUCGCCUGCUCUGGAAAAUUCUCCAGCGAUCGCACCAUCUCCGAGUACGCACGUGAGAUCUGGGGGGUGGAGCCUACAGAUCUGAAGAUCCCACCGCCCAAUGAACCACGAGACUGAAGUGGGUCUUACACACUGGUUUGUGCCAGUGACUCGCUACAUACUCUGUUCCUUCAUACUUUAACACUGUAGGUGUGAUGGGUUGAGUUUGGUCACGAGGUUAUGAUCGUAUGAAAAAGGAAAGAUCCUCAAUCUGUCUCAAAAGGCCAUGCCAAUUCUUUCCCCUCUCUUCUUUAAUACUAUGCAUAUGUAACAUUUAAAACCCACCAGCUUUUCGUGCCUUAUCCAUCUGAUCUGAGUGAAAUACACUGUUCUAUUCACGUAAUAUUGUUGUGCCUGGAAGCUAGAAAGGACAUAAUUUCAAAUCUUGUGUAUUGUGAAAUUUAGGGACAGUUUUAUUCACACAAGUUAGGACUAGAACUUUCUCUGAGUGAAAACUGUACUUUUGUGUGUGUGUGUGUGCCUACUGUAUGCAAUUCUACAAAAGGUAAAAUGGGGGAAAAAAUUGCAUUAAAUUGUGACCUAGCAACUGCUACUAGAACCUAUUUAGCUCGGCUAGCAAUUAUGCUACUUAGCACAGAUAGCGAUUAGCACUUUAGAUCAUGUGUAUUGGUUAGCACUUAGCAUAUCUUGACGCUUACAUUUUGGAUCUCGUUUAGCACAGUUAGCAAUUAGGAGAUGCUACUGUAGCUGUUGUCGUGAUUAGCAUGGAUGCUGUCGUCAGUGAUCCAUCAUACGUAACAUCUGUCCCUAUUCAUUUUCUAAGCAGAAUAAUUAUAGAUUCUAAUGUUAAUGAUUCAGCACUUUUCUCCAGAGCGCUAUUUAAUUGCACCGCACUUAGCUAACGGAGACGCUCGCUAAUCUUCAUUUAAACCUUUCAUAAAUCCAGAGUUACACGGUUGUUUACACUGUUCUCAUAAAAGCUUCAAAUGUAAAGGCAUCUAAACAGCAGAAAGUAAAUCCAUGGGAACAUUAGAAGGGGAGCAAAACAUUUUUGUAUUAAAAUCAGGGACGUGUUUGUGCAUCCAGCUUCAGUGUGCGUGUGUGUAUACAGUAUAUCAACAGGCCUCUUGUGAAAAUGAUAUAUUUUGAAUAAUGUACAUGUACGUGUGUCUUAAUGGAUUUUUGUUUUUGUGUAUUCGAUCCCAUUGUGUUUUUACACCCUUUACCCGAGCACUGUCUGAAAUAUUUGACGCAUUUGUGUUCCAUUGAAAGAAUAAAGAUGUUGAAAAGAUC